AUGUCUGAGCGAAAGGUUCUCACCAAAUACUACCCCCCGGAUUUUGAUCCAUCGGCGAUCGGGCGUACACCCAAGCACCUCCGCCAGAAGGGCCCGAAAGUCAUCACAGUCCGUCUGAUGGCUCCAUUCCCGAUGAAAUGUACCAACUGUGGUGAAUACAUCUAUCGAGGUCGCAAGUUCAAUGCCCGCAAGCAGACUCUUGAGGAGAAGUACUUAUCCAUCCCGAUCUACCGCUUCUUUAUUCGGUGCACACGAUGCAGUGGAGAGAUCACCUUUCGUACAGAUCCAAAGAAUAUGGACUACGAAUGCGAAAAAGGCGCCAAGCGAAACUUCGAGGUCUGGCGCGACUCCAAGGAUGAAAAGUAUAACGAAACACAAGAGGAAACUCUUGACCGACUUGAGCGCGAGGAAAACGAGGAGCAGGAGCAGCUAGAGCGUGAUAAGAUGGCGGAGCUGGAGGAUAAGAUGCAGGACUCCAAGCGAGAAAUGGCUAUUGCGGAUGCGCUUGACGAGAUUCGCACCAGGAAUGCACGAAUCCAGCGUAACGAGGCGAAGGGCGAGGAGACGGCCCUGGAGUUUGUACGAGAUGAACAGGAUGAUGUUCAGCUGUUACAGGACAAAGAAGACGAGGAGGCGGCAAGACGAGCGUUCAUGACGUCCACUGGGGAAAGAGUCAAGCGCAUUGUCGAGGAAGAGGAACCUAUUCCCGCUAUGCCUGAGCCCUCCAAGUCUUCUUCGGUUUCGAUGCCGCCUCCUUCCUCUACAUCGUUUGCGCGGGUGAAGAAGGCUAAGAAGCCAAGUUUGACAAGCUUGGGGAUCAAGAAGAAGCCUUCUCUUGUUUAA